CUCGACUUCAGGUCCUUCGUAAUUUUAUAGGACUCUUCGCAUGGGCCUAUUUCCAGUUGAUAAAUAGCAUUUACGCGACUUAGAAUAGAGUGGGGGAUAUACAGGAUGUCCUAAAAAGAUAUACACGAAGCAGCAAGUUUGGUGGCCGCUUGUCAGUUGCUCGCCGCUCUCGACUGUUCCACGAAGCUAACGAUGGCCAUCUUGAACACUGAACACUAGAUAUGCUGAUUCACCAAGUGCCAAUGCUGACAUGUCCUAAGAUGGGUUUAUUUGUGGAGCUGCUUCGCGCGGCCGCCAUAUUGCUCAUUCUGUGGCACGUCCGCGGAUCGGAUUUUUUUGAAGAAGGCAAGUCGGAUAAAGAAAUUCUGGACAAUCUAUUAGUGACCACCCGAUAUGACAAAAGACUUCGUCCAACAGUUCAAGAUGCUGAUUUUUGCUGCGGGAUGCGGUCACCAUCAGACCCUCGGACCCCGGGCUCUCCCCGGAAACACCUUCCCGGAGGACCCUUGAGAGUAAAUGUAAGCGUUCUCCUUCUCAGUCUUGCUUCUCCAGAUGAGUCCAGUUUGAAAUAUGAAGUGGAGUUCCUUCUGCAGCAGCAGUGGUUUGACCCACGCCUCAAGUACUCCAACAAGAGCGAAUACGAGUUUCUCAAUGCAAUCCACCACCACAACGACAUCUGGCUGCCAGACACGUACUUCAUUAUGCACGGAGACUUCAAGGAUCCACUCAUUCCCGUUCAUUUUGCUCUCCGUAUCUACCGCAACGGAACUGUCUCUUAUCUUAUGCGUCGUCACCUAAUCCUUUCAUGCCAAGGACACCUGCAUAUAUUCCCAUUUGAUGAUCCUCAGUGCUCGUUUGCCAUGGAAAGCAUUUCAUAUGAGCAGACUGCUAUCUCAUAUGUGUGGAAGAAUGAUGAGGACACACUGCGCAAGUCUCCAAGCCUGACUACGCUCAACGCGUAUCUCAUCUCAAACCAUACCGUGACGUGUCCCGUUAAGUCCAGCUGGAGGGUCGACUAUGAUGAGUCUGAUCCUGACGACGAAACAUCAGAAGACUGCAAAUGUUCUCUGUGCCAGAGACGCUUCGAGGAGCAAGGUUAUAGGGACACUGAUGACACAAUGGAUAUUGUCCAAUUAAGAAGUUCAUCCCCAUCAACAGACCUGAUUUCAACAACCCCAGAAUACCAGCCAGGGAUUUAUAAACGAGGGAACUACAGUUGCCUUAAAGUGGACCUGAUAUUCACGCGUGACCGAGCAUUUUACUUUACAACUGUUUUCAUACCAGGCAUCAUAUUGGUAACAUCAUCUUUCAUCACAUUUUGGCUCGAAUGGAAUGCUGUUCCAGCACGAGUCAUGAUUGGCGUGACAACAAUGCUGAACUUUUUCACCACCUCAAACAGUUUCCGAGGUACAUUACCUGUGGUGUCCAAUCUAACAGCAAUGAAUGUCUGGGAUGGUGUAUGUAUGUGUUUCAUAUACGCAAGUCUGCUGGAAUUUGUAUGUGUGAAUUAUGUGGGACGAAAACGACCACUCCACAACGUGGUGUAUCGGCCCGGAGAGAAUCCAGUGACACAGCGACUGCCAGCCGUUCUGAGCAGGAUAGGCGUUAUAAUGGCAAGCCCGCUGGUGUGCCAGAGAAAUAUGGGAUCCCACAGUGAACUUCUAACAUUAUUGGGUGACAAAAACAAACGGGAGACUUCUGGUCCAAACGAGAUUGUAAGUUGCACAAAUUGUGGUCCCAACCCAUGUACACAUACAGCCAACAAUGGAUGUGCUACUGAGGUGCGAAAGAAGGAACCUCCGCAUCCAAUCCGAGUGGCAAAGACCAUCGACGUCAUUGCAAGGAUCACAUUUCCAACUGCCUAUGCUGUCUUUCUUAUCUUCUUUUUCAUUCACUACAAAGGAUUCUCAUAAGAAUAGUGGUGGAACAAAACAGUGUCCGUGCAGUGUUGCCAUUUCACAAAGGAUCAUAUUUAUGUUGGCUUAUUGCUGGUACUUGAGUUUGGACAGUGUACAGGGUUACUCAUAAAUUAUCAGCACAGAUUAUCUUAACAAAAUAAUCUAAUAAUUGUUAAAUAAUCUAGUCAGUGUAAUUUUCAAUUACAAUUUCUCUGAAGCAGUGUCCUAAUAGGACUGUGUCAGUUUUAUCAGUUGAGGAACACAGAGCUGUGGAAAGUAAAAUGUGUUGAUGAUUGGUGUCGUCCUGUUAGGUGUGUGGAUGGUCGUGAUGCGAUAUUCUAGUCAGCAGAUGUCAUUAUAGCAAUACUAACUGAAACACAACCAAGCUGGUGUGGAUUCUGCAUAUUUAAAUAUAAGUUUAAAGUAUAUGAAAUGCCUGUCACUCAUGAGGAGGAUGCUUUGUUACAUUCAUGAAGCCAGAGAGCUUGAUGUCUUUUGUGAUAGCUUCGGCUAUAAACAGUAAGGUAAGUAUUAUUUUAUUGUAAAGAAGACAUUUGAAGAAGAUUAUAUAUAAUGUUUGUGCAUCUUUCAUUAUAUUGUCUUGCCAUUUCCAGUGACUAUUUCUGGUGGAACAUUUGAGGUUAACUUAUGUGGCUGGCCAAAGGGAGUUUUGGUUGAACAAUUCAAAGAUAUUAAGUAGAUGAAGUUUUAGAUCACCAAAAUAAGGUAAGGCUUAUGAGCACAAGGAUGUUAAUGCAUAGUGAAAGGGAAAAAUAGUUUUUGUUACUUUUUAAAAGGAGAAAAAAUUCCUUUCUGAGAAAAAUUGAUGAGAAAAUAUCUGAUAAGCCAUAACUGGAUCAAAGUAAAACAAUUUGUUUUUACAUGAUGGAUAUAAGUACUGGUGAUUUUCUGUCUUAAUAUUGUCUUUUUUCACUUAUCUAAUGUCUAAUGUCAAUACUCAUUACAUUCAUUAUUCAUUUAUGUGAAUUUUGAUAAGGUAUCAAUAAGUGCUGUAUUUAGUCAUACCUUGUUUUGAUAUAGUUAACAGAAAAAUCUGUUUUGAAGUAUGUUAACAUUCUCUAAAAGAAUUAGUGUUCUUCCAUUUAAAAAUGAUAGCUCACUGAUAUUCAAAUAGCAGGCACCAAAGUGCAUGUAAUGAGCUGUUUGAGUUACCGUUAUUUUUGAAUGGAAAAUCUGAACAUAUUCCAAAUGCUGCAUAUUUUGUCAGCCUCCAUCAGGGUCUUUGAAUAUUACCAAUUCUAUUGUCUGGAGUUACAUCAUUCAGCUGUGGACAUAUUUUAAUACUGUCUACAUGAAAAUCAGUUGACAAAUGACUUGUUGCUUGAUGUAGCUCCUUGCAGCACCAGCUGGUCUUAGUGUCUGUACAACCCAGCACAGCGUCACAUGUACCCACCUUUACAAUAAUAUUUUACAUUACCACGACCCUAUUUGAAGAUGCCAAAGCUAUUAAAAGCAACUUUCUUACAUUAAUUAUUGUACCAGUAUUGUGCUCGACACUAUCUAUUGUAUCAGGAUAUAUUUUAUACAGGCCUACUUGGCAUUUUGGUAGUUAACAGUACUUGCAUCUUCAGCUUAUUGUUGUUAUACUAACUGAUUUUGUUUUUAUUUAGAAAUUGGUGAUAAGGUUUUAAAUCAAACACAAGACUAGACAAGUAAGCUAACAAAUACACCACUAACGAAAGGUUUGGGCUAGUUGUUAUAGAUGCUUGUCAAAUAAUGUGCUUGUUUAGUUAUGCUUUUUGCAUUACAGUUAUGAAGUCCUUUAAGCCUGGAAUAGCAUGUGUUGGUCCAAGCACUUCAGUCUGUGGUGGUGUUUGGGAUCAUUAGAAUAUUAAGUUAGCACAUUAACUGACAACCAGUCACUUGGAAGCAGAUGUAGAACCAACUACCAAUACAUCAUGAAUUUCAAAUAUACCUGGGACAAUGGAUAAUGUCAAACAUAACACUAGUAUGAUGAAUAAACCAUUGUCACAAACCUUUAGAAAAUCAUUAUCACUCUCAGGUCCGACGUUCAUGUUCCGUGGUGUGCGCAUCAUUGUGUUCUAGCAGCAAGGUGCCAGAGUGAUGUUUCAUCUCAUACCUCUCAGCAAAGCUGGUCACUUACAUCAUGUGAAGUGACUGCAGAGCUUCUUUAAAUAUGAACUCUUUUAUUGCUAUGUUAAUGUUAGUGAUAUGCAGCAUCAGUUAAUUUACAAUGAGUGGACAAUGCUGUGAUUGUAUUAGAUUUGGGGUUCUCAUAUCAGUAAAGGCUUCAGUGUUGAUGUUCUGGAUUGAAAGGCUAUGUAGACUUCAGCCCUGAAGAUGAAGGACUACCGGGUCAUAAUAUCCAAACCAGGAACUACAAAAAGCAUUCAAGCCAUAAUUGAAUUAUGAACAUGAAGUAUGUGUAUUUAAAACCAUUGGUAUAUCAUACAAUGUAAAUACAUACACGAAUGUAAAAUUAGUAUAAUAGUGAAGUAAGGAUGUAAAUGUUCUGAUAAUUUCCUUUUAAAAUUAGAUAAGUGUUUAAUUGGCGAGAAGGUGUUGUUUCAAUAGAAGCUGUGCUUCAGAAUGUUUUGUUAAUUACAAUGGUGUGGUGGACACUUGCUGCCAUAAGAGCCUGAAAUCUCACCAAGCAGAUAAAUGGAUUAAAAAGGAUGUGGUAAAUUAAUGUUGUUGAAUAAUGUGUGGUGGAAAGUCGCCUGCAGAUGGCACUAAUCGCCAAAACAUCAUGAUUAUUGAAUAUUUCUGUAUAAUGUGUGCUAUAGACUGAACAAAAAUUUCACUCCAGCUCUGGAUGAUAUAUUUUGAAAUGCUAGAUGAAACAUCACUUUAUUUUAAAGUACGGGAUACUUUAAAAUGUUUGCUGCUGGAUUAAAUAAAUUAAUUACAUUCUUAAUUUAUCUCUUACUCAAAGUUGAAUUGAUACAUUUAAAAUUCUGUGGGAUUAUAUGGGCUGGAAAUUUGCAGCAUGACCACUGCCCUCAGUCCCUUGGGUGAUAAAUGAAGAGAAAGUGUAUGAAUUGAUGUGUCCACAGGAAAGAAUUGUGAACACAUAGCAUGUGUAUAUGAAUGUAUUUUGCCAUUUUUGGCAUUUUGAAUCUGUUGGGCUCGAACAGUACUAGUCAUGUUCUUUGUUAUUGUUUAUUUUGGAGUAUAUAUGAUUGUUAUGAAUGGUUGACGUUGAAAAUGUGAGUUCUUAUUUUGAGAUAUUUAUUCUGUUGCUAACUUUUAUAGUCUUCGUUAUAAGCAGUUCUGUACAAUACAGAUAUUUUAAUAUUUAAUAAUGUUUUAUCAUAUUAAUGCAGACACUCAUGUAUGUGCAGUUUCUUUUUCACAUUGUAUGUGGUAAUCAAUAUACAAGACUUAUUAUUAUUCUACUACUGCUAUUAUCUUGUUGGUUAGACAUAUCAGUGGUUUGAAUAGGCAGCUGUGACUUUAAAGAUAGUCCUCCAUUUAGUGCAAUUAAGUUACUUGUUACUGACAAUUUUUCUUCAGUCAUAGCUGCCUCACACUACACCUCAUAGUUACUGCAGGUUCUUGUUUCCAAUUUAUGGACCCUGUCUCUAGAUCAGAAGAUUUGAAUCAGUUAAAAACUCAUUCAUUCAUUCUCCUCAUUUAAAGAAAUUUAAUGGGUUUUAAUUGAAAGUUCAGAUGACUGAAUUGACCUUUGGUUGUUUAUUGAUUUCAUCCACAGUUGUCUUAGGAAUAUUUAAAAAAAAUUCUUUCCUCUUCUCUGCGUAAGAUGUAAAACGUUUUACUUUCUUUUUCAUUUGUAUGAACUUAACCAAAACAAUUACAGAAAAUUUUCAGGUAUUAGGUUGUUAUUUAAUGACCUUUCACACCUCACAUAAUUUUUAAGUUGUAGGAUUAAUAGAAAUACUAAUGAAUUUCAAAACUAGGUGCAACAUUCUGAAGUAUUUAGUGAGGAACAGAUACAUAUAAAUAAGGAAAUUUUUAUAUCUGUGGCAUGUGUGUAUUUCUCUCAUCUCAUUUCAGAUGGUCAUGAGAUAGUAACGCUUAUCAAUUCCCUCAUUGAUGAAAGUGUUACAGUGGGAUAUGGAAAAGUACCAUACCCUGUUAAAUAUCUCUGUAAAAUGAGCAGUUCUCAUCAUGCUCCAUGUCACAGCAUCCAGUUCACAUCAGAGUAGUUUCAUAUUCUGAUCUCACUUAUUUUGAUUCUCUUAAGAAUACAUUGCCAUACACCAUAUAUAAAAAUCAUGUUAGCUGCUGGUGUUUGUCUCUUUAUAACACAACAUAGGAUAACAGGGGAUCAUUGGAUGAUUGUUUAGUUUUGUAGCUGACAGUACUUUGUUGUGCUGUGGGAAUGAUGUAUACCUAACUGGAAGUAUUUUCACAAAAUGUUUUAAAAGAGAGUGGCCACAUUCUUAUUGUGUAUACUGACUGAUGUCAGAAGGUGGUGCUAGAUGAUACAUGUUGAACAUUUAAAUGAUUUGGUGCAUCUGUCUCAUAUUGAGGAUCCUUUGUAUUGGUUCAGGCCAUAAAAGAAACUGACUCCAUAAAGCAUGGUAUUCAGAUCUGUGGUAACAUAACCUGGUUAAUGAUUUCUUGUGUAAUUAAAUAUAAGCUUUUCAGACUGACAUCAGAGGACCAUUUAAUAAAUAGAAAUAUUUGUUAUGCAGACAUGUAUACCACUUUUAAGUAGUUCUCAAUAUUCUGUGCUUUUAUAAAAAGUAAAUUAAAAUUAGUACCACUGAAAGUAUAGUUUAUUUUAAUGAUCAAGGAAAAUUUCUUGGCUGUUUAAAUAACUAAUUCUUUGCUGAAUUAACUUCCAUGUACAUGAAAAUUUCUAUUUUGACAAUUUUGUUUAGAUCAGUGUUAAUACAUGAUAAUGAAAUUUAUAAUUAGGGUUUCCCCUGCCUUCUCAUAAGUAUCCGAAGUGCCGAAAAGCUGAGUUCUGCCUUCUUGCAUUCCGGCAAGUUUUCCUGUUAAUGCUUUUCAGACAGGCAACAAGGAAGAUUAUUUUUUAAUUUCUUCCUAAAAUAAUGCUCUACAAAACGCUUUUGCCACAAAGUUAAAAGCUGCAGUAUUUGACAAAAUGCAAGCUAUUUUAUCUGAGAAAAAGUACUUGUGACUGCUCUCAGGAUUCUUGCAGAGUGGGUGAACAUAACCGCAAUGUACUAGAAUAUCUGUUGGGGUUUCAUAUAGAUUCCUAAAUAUGAGGCAGACAGAUGUGAAUGUGCUGGCAUCUAUUCCUUGUACAGUUGCAGUUUAACACCGGUGUGGAUGUUUUAGCACACAUGCCCCUUCUUUCUGCCCCUCCUUGUAUUGUCCCUGUGGCUACUACUAUUGUAACUUGCUCAGAUUAGUACUGAUCUUAUGUUACAUUUCAUAGCUGGGUCCAGCUUAAGUGUAUAAAAAUGAAGAUAAAUAUCAGCCAUGAGCCUUGAUUCGAAUUAGGACAGGGCCUUUGUAUUAAUUUCUAACCUUAAAACUUUGGGAGUAAUAUUUAAUCACAUAUAUAUGUGAAGAAAGCACAGCUAAACCACAUCUGAAUUCAAUUGUGGAUGAGCAGCAAUCAUUACAUUUCCUUUGUUCUUUUUAUUACUUUCAGGAGUAAUGUUAUAUGCAUACUAUUACUGACAAAAUUAUAUAUUUAUGAACUGUAAUUUGAUACACUGGUACAUUUAUAUUUGUGUAAAAACUGAUUUGACCCUGUUCUUUAUUACCCCAGUCAUUGAUGUGAACAAGCUUCAUGGUAGUGGCACUUUGUCAGCAUUGCAAAAUCAUACCCAUCACUUUUAGUUUUAAUGUUACCCUACCUUUCGUGCUUUACUGUUACUAAACUAAAUAUUGAUGAAUACAUGGUGCAUACAAGCAAACUGAAUUUGAACAACAAUAUAAGGAAUGAAUGUGCAAAACAAAUGGGGGAGAAAGUUACAUGUGUUGAUACCUGGAGUGUCCCAUUAAAUUAUUGUUAUUAAUAUAAUAAAUAAGUAUAAUUAAUAAAACAAAUUUUGUUUCCCUAAUCAAAUUUUAAAUAACACUCACCCUUUGGCUUUCAGUUACAGGGGCCUCUUCUCCAAACAGUAUUAUCGGUAUAAACUGUACCUAUGCACUCAGAUAGUACAAUCACAACUGAUAUAUAGCAGUAAUGUCUCUUGGUUAACAAAUCCGAGAUACAACGAAAUAGCCCUCACAACGAAAUUGUUCUACUUGAGUAUGUGCAGGAGCUUUGUAAAAUGUACAAGUUUAUAAAACCAGAACAUAGUGGUAAUACACAAUUUCAUUUUUACCUUGUUUUGAGGUAACUUUGAAUUUUGAAUUUAUUAAUAUUAUGAAGACAAACAUUGUCGUGUUUUACUAAAUUGUAGGAAGUUAUUGGGAUGACAGUUCAAUUUGAUUUGCAUAAAUUAAAAUCUGUUAUGAAGUCAUAUCAGAAGUAAAUUGAGGUCUUUUUUUUUCCCAGGACAUGAUUCCUAUUACACAUAAUGAAUCUUAACACAGCUGAGAAGCACAUUUAUCCCCUCCUGUCCCUAGAUUUGGUACAAAAGUAAGUGGCAUUGAAUCUUUUAGCUUUUCCUUGGUAUGUUUUGACAUUUUUAUUGUUUUGUUCUUGAUGAAAUAAGGUUGGACCAAUACAGAUUAAAUAGUUUAUAGUUUUUAAAUAAUAAAUUAAAUUCUUUUGUGUUCAGAUUUUAUCAAAAGUUAUUUAGUUCCUGCUUUUAAAUGUGAAGUAUUAAUGUCUCCCCUAAAUUAUGUUAAUAUGGUAAUGGGUUUGUUGAUCAAGGGACAGGUUGUGUUUGUUUAAAUAUUAGUAUAAAAUGUUGCAAAAUUUCAUGCUGAAUGAGCAUUCUAAGGUAAAAAAACACUAAACUGCUGUAUAUGCAUAAUUUUUGUUGAGUGUUUGUAUUACUGUUACGAGGACAGAUGGUUCCCAUUUCUACUUGAUCAUUGAAAAGUUAUAAAUCCACAAUCUUUGGAGAGAAUUUGGUUCAGUAGCUCCCAGUAUUGAAACUUUUGCUCUGCUGUACCCAUUUAAAGAUAGUAACACAGGAGCUGCCAACCUUGAGAUAAGAAACCUGUCUUGUAUGGAUAACUUACCUGUAGGGGUGACAGUAAGCUCUGUAAGUGUAUAGAACGACUGUGACUGCUAUUCAUGUACUCAAAUUUAAGCAUUAUAACAAAUAAUUCCCAAUAAGUAUGUCUUAGAGCCUUUGAAUGCUAUUUUGUUCUCAAAAUUGUUUUGACAUUUUCUCUAAAAUUGAUGGAAACACUUUGGUCACUGCUGUAUUAGUUCAUGAUGGCAACAAUUCAGUAAACAUUUAUACCAGUUUAGCUUAGAAAUAGCAGGUUGAUGAAGGCUUUUAUUCAAAAUUAAGUAACUAAUUCCAUGGCACUACACUGGACCAUAACCUUACCCAGAUGAAUCCAGUCCCGACAUUCUGUUUUCAUCAGAAACAUCUUAAUACUAUCCUUUAUCUAAACUUAGAUCCCCAGAGUGCUUCUAAAAAUUAAAACCACUGUUCUCUGUCAAAGUAUCCAAACUAUGGAAAGCAUUUGCCUACUUACACCUGAAAUAUAAAUUUCAUUACCGCUUUUCUUCAACCAUAUGGUUACUUCCUAUUGGUUAGCACCCCAUUCUUCUAUUCAUCCAACCACAAUCUUCUCAUCUGACUCAUCUCCUUCUGCCAGAUCUAUAUCGAGGCUUCUCAAACCCCCUAUCCAAAGACAUACCUUGAAGAGAGCUGCUGUUUGCCAAAACAUUGAAAAAUCUUGAACAUUCAAUAUGACUUUUCGCUGAAAGCCGAAAUUUAUACAUUAAAUUCAACCUGCAAAAACAUAAGGACAAGAAUUACCUGUGAUGUAAAGCAUAGAAACAAUUUGGCUUUUAUGAUAAUUAACUUCUUACUUUUUACCUCAUAAACACAAAUAAUGCACGAAGUAAUAUUGAGCUUCAUGGAUAGUAUAAUGAAUGUACAUGAACACCCUGUGAUGUUUUAAUUGAAACAAGUGGCUUUUUUGAGGCAUUUAGCUCAUGCAGAGGUAAGUGAAAAUGGGGUUGCAACUCCUGACCUAAUGUGGAUACUUAACUUCUGCUUUUAAGUCCUCAUUGUGAAUGUGUCCAUGCAGUUUUCAGAUUGCCUCAAGUAUUUCAAUGGAUGUUUCAUGUGUUUCUAUUAUCAAUGCCUUCAAAUAACUAUAUAUGGUAGAAGAUGAACACACUAAAAAAUGUGCACUUUUUACUCUAUUUGAUUGUUAUGCAUAACAUUUUUGCUCGUAUAGAUUUAUUACAACAUACAACUAUUGAUUUAGUGUUGACACAUUUUUAAUAUAUAGCUUUGUAUCUCAUAUAUAUAUAUUUGUGUGUUAUAAACCAUGACAGCACUUAAA